CCGCUCAGUUUGCUUCAGAACUUGGUGGGCUACGGACGUAACUAGACUGCUAUAAAAUUCCAUUAGCAAUAAAAUACACAUUUCAUUAAACAAUCAACUGGAGGGCAAAUUAAACAAUUGUUUUAAGUGAAAGUGAAAUUGUGCAUACUAUGAAUCAUUAAUAUAUUAUCGUUAACUUAAAACAAGCAACUGUGAUAUUCGACAAGAUGAAUAGGAAACUGCGGAUCAUCUCCAGACAAAUGCUGAGGCAGAGAUGUGCUUUCAACUCGAUACGCAGUAUCUCCACCACGUUGCCCAUCCUGAUCAGCCAUAAGCACCAUGUGAGUCCACAUCCUCUGGUGUAUCGCACCAUUGGCCAGGAACUGGAGUUGUCAGUGGCGAAAUACGGAGACGUGGAGGCCAUUGUAUCCUGUCAUGAGCGAAAACGGUUCACCUUCAAGGAGUUGCUACGUGAAGCGGAUGCCUUGGCGGCGGGAUUCCGGAAAUUGGGACUUCAGCGUGGUGAUGCCAUUGGCUUGUGGGCACCCAACUAUAUGCACUGGUACCUCGGAAUGAUGGGCGCAGCUCGAGCGGGCCUCACCUCGGUGGGCCUGAAUCCCGCCUACCAAGGACCCGAGAUGGCCUAUUGCCUCAAUAAGGUGGAUAUUAAGGCCAUCAUUGCACCGGAGAGUUAUAAGAGCCAGAACUACUAUGAGAUUUUAAGGGAUAUCUGCCCGGAAAUUGCGGAUGCGCAGCCUGGCAAAAUCCGGAGUGAGAAGUUUCCGCAUUUGAAAUCUGUGAUCAUCGAAAGUAGAGACUCAUUAAAGGGGACCCUGCGCUUCGAGGAGUUACAAAAUCUGGCCAACCAAUCGGAACGCGAGGAAGUGGCCAAAAUCCAGAGGGACAUACUGCCAGAGUCCGCCUGCAAUAUUCAGUUUACCUCGGGAACCACUGGCAAUCCCAAGGCGGCAGUACUUUCGCACUACAGCUUCGUCAACAAUGGCAUCCAUGUGGCCAAUCGCAAUCAACUGGAGGGCGAGCGGAUUUGUGUUCAGGUGCCGCUGUUCCAUGCCUUCGGAGUGUGCAUCUCGAUCAUGGCUGGGUUGGCCAAAGGAGCCACGAUGGUCAUGCCAGCCGCUGGCUUCAGUCCCAAGGACUCGCUGCAGGCGAUUGUCAACGAAAAGUGUACGGUGAUCCAUGGCACACCCACCAUGUAUGUGGAUUUGGUGAGCAAGCAGAAGAAACUGCAGGUGCCGCUGGGCAGGAUCAAGAAGGCCGUCACGGGCGGUGCCAUUGUGUCGCCGCAGCUCAUCAAGGAUGUGCGCAAUGUCCUCGGAGUGGAAGCGGUGCACAGUGUCUAUGGCCUGACCGAGUCAACGGCGGUGAUCUUUCAAUCGCUGCCCGGCGAUGACAGUGAGAUCGUCCUGAAUUCGGUGGGUCAUCUCCAAGAUCACAUCGAAGCCAAGGUGGUGGAUGCGCAGGGCAGGUGUGUGCCCUUCGGACAGCCCGGUGAGCUGUGUGUCCGUGGCUACACCACCAUGAUUGGCUAUCAUGGGGAUAAGGCCAAGACGAAGGAAACCAUCAAGAACAUGUGGCUGCACACAGGGGAUCAGUUCAUCCUCGAGGAGAAUGGCUAUGGCCGGAUCGUGGGCCGACUCAAGGAGAUGCUCAUCCGCGGCGGCGAAAACAUUUUCCCCAAAGAGAUUGAAGACUUUCUGAAUUCCCACCCGCAGAUCAUCGAAGCUCAUGUGAUUGGUGUUCCCGACGAGCGACUGGGCGAGGAGGUCUGUGCCUACGUUCGCCUUGAGGAGGGCGUGGACCCCGCCUCCUUCACCGCGGAAACCUUGAAGGAAUACAGCAAGGGCAAGCUGGCCCACUUCAAGGUGCCCAGAUAUGUGAUCCCCAUAGAUGCAUUCCCAAAAACCACCUCCGGCAAAGUCCAGAAAUUCAAACUGGUGGAGGCCUUCAAAGGAAAGGAGUCCACAGAACUUAAGGCCGUUAGUGCUUAGUCGUACACUGAUUAUAUAGUUUUUAAUAGAACAAUAUAUUAAGCUUUUAUAUAAAGUCAUUUUGAGUUUGGCUUACAUAACCAAUUGACUUAUUUACCAUUACUGCAGGUGCAUAGAAUUAAAAUGUCUUAAAACAUA